UAAUUUUUUCAAAAUUGAAAGGCGGUACUCGUCUUACAACAAUUUUUUUUUUUUUUUUUAGGGAUUCAUCAGUCUCUGUGGCGAGGGCAAAUCAAAAAGCAAUGGCUUGGAGAAGGUUCGCGACAUUGCUUCGUCAGAGAACUGAUGAUAUCAACGAUGGAGCUAGGAAGAUAGUCUCGUUGGGAGUUGGAGGUUGUAUUGGGUGUCUGUUUUGCGAUUGCCAAGGGCCCAAAGUUUGUUUGGGUGGUCCUGCUCCCCCGCUCUCAAUUCUCAAUUUGCAAAUAGGGCUUGGAGCCAUGCUAAAUUUGUGGAUUCCACUCGACGAAUAUGCAAAUCAUGCUAUCAAUGUGGAUUUAUGGCACUCCAAAUGAAUUCUAACAUUUUCAUUUUCUAAUGAUUUCCGAUUUGCUAUACUAGAGUUACAAGCACCUUAAUCUUCAUUAGUUUUUCUUGGUUUGGCUUGUCACUUAGUAAAUUGGAACCUUCAAUGAGUUUAAUAUCAAAGAGCACCAUCACCUGGUGGAUCUCUCUCUCUUUCUCUCUCGCUUAGUUUGUUAGGGGAGUCAUAUGUUUCUUAAUGUAUAAAUUACGUAGAGAGAUGUUUCUGGAUAAAUAUAUGUAUAUGUGUUUGCCUUUGUAUAUAUAUGUGAAAUGCUAACUUUCCUUUAGUAGGUGAUAUUAGCAACAUCCUUAUAAAUGCCUCGGGUUAGAAUCUAGUCAUAUGGCCAAAUAUUUGUAUAGAAUAUCAAAUAUGACACAUUUGUCAUUUGGAUACAGUUCAAACAUUCAUGAAUUUGGAGGGAACCUCAAAUUGUAUAUCUAGUUUGGUGAUGUAGAGUGCUUCAUGGCUUGGAUAGUGCUAUUGUUUUCUUACUUGUCAGUUUUCUUGUUAGUUAAGUGAAAAAUUAUUGAGUUGCAAUUUUAUUGCAUGGUUGAGCUAAUAUUUACCAAUUUUGAGCAAAUAGUGUACUCCUCUUGCCUCCUUUGUCGCUAUGCUUACCUAUUUGCUCAAAAUUGGUAAAUAUUAGCUCAACCAUGUGUUAUUAUUAUUAUUAUUAUUGAGAAAUUGUUUAUUGUUAUUAUUAUUAUUAUUAACCAUGUGUUAUUUAAGAGUGGGUUGCCUUUGCUAGUUAGAAUUUUCCCCUUUUUUCUUUCUACGACCAAUUGGACAAUUUGAUACUCUAUAUCAUACUUGAGUUCUAGAGUUAAAUCUAAAAAGAAGUAAUCAAAGUGAUCAUACCCUCCAUAAGGAAAUUCUGUGAUGAAAAUGAGCUGACAAUUUUUUCAAAUUUAAGUAAUGGCAUAAGCUGCAGUUCAGAAGAAACUGCAGCUGAUACACUAGUUACUCUGGAAAUCUUCAUUCCUUCAGAUGGGCCUUCUUUCAUGACAUGAUGCAGCAGCUUAAUUUGAUUGCUAUUUUUGUAAUAAUAUACUGUGUAUGCAGUGCACCUAGCAGGUCUUCAACAUGUUGAAACAAUAACUGUCUGGUACAACUUAUUGCACUUACUGCAAGAAAUACUCUUGUUAUUGAGAACCCUAUCAUGAGAAAAUAAUGAUUAUGGUUAAAAAAACUUUUAGGGAUUUUAUGAUGGUCUGUCAUACUUGACAUUGGAUUGUUGCGUGCAUAGUUUCUAAUAGUCUGUUGUUUUUUGUUCUUUGCUUUUGGUGCUUCAUCCAAGUUUAUCAUCAUCAAAUAAUAUAAUCAUGGAAUGACCUCUUAUGCAUGAGACUUCUCAAAUACAUGUUAGUUUUGUAGUCCAAAUUGUUGAACUAUGAAUUGGUCCUCUCAAAGGACUGUAUUUUGCAUGGAUGUUCAAGGAAUAGACGAGAAUGUUCCUUGAGAUGUUCUCAUCUUAAUAAAUUCGACCUUUAGUUCUUUGAUUGCAAGAGGCAACAUGUUACGAUGCAGGUGAGACUAGUACUUGCUCUACAAUGACCACCAGUAUUCUACAAGGAUGCCCAUGUUAUAGAUUUGUAUAAUGUCUUAGUUCCAUUGUGAUUAGUGAAAAACUUGCUGCAAAUAUCUCGGCCUUUACCCCUCACACAUUUUUAUUUUGAUAGAUGCUGUUUUGGCUUUAAUGAACGAUUAAAAUGCAACGCUGCACAAUGACAAUUAGUAAAUGUGGGAUUUCUGGAAGCAAAUUUGUGUGUUCACUUAAAUUUCCACACCUUUGUCUUGUUUGCAUAGUUGUCAAAUCGGAAUUUGAAUCGUGAAUCGAGAUGGCCUCAUACCGAAUCACGAAUUGAAUCGAAUCGUGAAUCGUAAAGAUUCGG